UUUCGAUAAAGGUAGGUCGUUGCAACAUCCCUAACACUCGUUCAUUUCGUUUUUGUCUUCAUCCCGAAAAAGUUGAUAGACCUACAAAAUGGCGGACGCAGCUCCAGCCCGUAGUGGAUUCCGUGGAGGAUUUGGUUCUCGUGGUGGUCGCGGUGGACGCGGUCGUGGCCGUGGACGCGGUGCUCGCGGCCGUGGCAAGGAGGACUCCAAGGAGUGGGUUCCAGUGACCAAGCUUGGUCGUCUGGUCCGUGAAGGCAAGAUCAAGUCUCUGGAGGAGAUCUACCUGUACUCUCUCCCCAUCAAAGAGUUCGAGAUCAUCGACUUCUUCUUGGGCUCUGCUCUGAAGGAUGAGGUGCUGAAGAUCAUGCCUGUCCAGAAGCAGACCCGUGCCGGUCAGCGUACCCGCUUCAAGGCUUUCGUUGCUAUCGGCGACAACAACGGCCACAUUGGUCUGGGAGUCAAGUGCAGCAAGGAAGUGGCCACCGCCAUUCGCGGAGCCAUCAUUCUUGCCAAGCUCUCCGUUGUGCCUGUGCGCCGUGGCUACUGGGGUAACAAGAUCGGUAAGCCCCAUACCGUGCCCUGCAAGGUUACCGGCAAGUGCGGCUCCGUCUCCGUGCGUCUCAUCCCAGCUCCCCGUGGUACUGGCAUCGUCUCUGCCCCCGUGCCAAAGAAGCUGUUGACCAUGGCCGGUAUUGAGGAUUGCUACACCUCGGCUCGUGGCUCCACUGGCACCCUCGGCAACUUCGCCAAGGCCACCUAUGCUGCCAUCGCCAAGACGUACGCUUACCUCACCCCUGAUUUGUGGAAGGAGAUGCCCCUGGGAUCCACCCCAUACCAAGCAUACUCCGACUUCCUGUCCAAGCCCACUGCUCGUCUGCACGCCGAUGCCUAAGUGACUGUCAGAGAAGCCAAGCGAUCCAGAUUUUGAAUAAAAAUCAUUGACACAUAAA